AGAGUUACACCAUGGCAAAUCAAAUAAGUGAAGCAUCCUCCGAGGAGUAUGACUUCACAGACAUGAUGGAGGUCGUUACUUCAUACAAAUGUUUAUUUUGUGCAUUCACAAGCACCAUACCUACGGAAGUUAAUAAACAUGUCAAGCGUGUUCAUUCUCAAAACAUCCGACAUACCAGAGCUGUAGCAAAUGUCGUACCAGAGCAACCACCACAAAUUGUCGAAGAUUCAGAAACUAUUAUUGAAGUUACGGAAGCGCAUGAGCCUGAAGAAACUGUUAUGUCUCAAGAAAUUAGUGAAAACACUAAUAGCGGAAUGGCAAUCCAUUCAGAUGGCAGUGACACUCAGCAUCAAACAUUAAUAGUUGAGGCUAAUGAAGACAACCCAAUGCAGAUUGUCGAGGAUGUAACACGGAAUGAGCACAUUGAUGUUGUGACAACUGAUGGUGCAACUGCCAGUAUACCCUUAUUAACGCUGAGUAAUGGAAAAUCCAUAGCUGUCAUGUCAGACUCAAGUACACAAGUGACAAGUGGAUCUGAUCAGACAGAUUCCAUUUCAAGAGAAUUACCCGAAGGUUCUGUCAGGCUUAUUGAUGAAUCAGAGCAAAAUAAAAUGGAGAAUACACCACUUGUACAGAACUUUGGCAGCCAAGUAGAAUCAGAUCAAUCAUCAGAGACCUCUAAGAAUAAAGAUGAACUUUUCCUAUGUGGGCAAUGUAGCUUGGGGUUCCCGAAUAUUGAUGACUGUAAAGCUCACAUGAUUACUGAUCAUGGGUUUAAUAUAUCAGCCUCCAUGGAGAGCAGUAGUGGAAAAGUUGACACAGGUACUCAAAUGGAACCAAAGAAAAAACCAGGUCGAAAACGUAAAGAUGAAGAAGCAGAAUUGACUAUAAUUAAAGAUGAGCCUGAACAAGAGCAGGAAAUAUACAAAACUGCAUCAGGACGUCGAACAAAACGGCCUCGAAAAAAUGAAUAUCAUUUUUACGAUUAUAGUAAAAGAAGAAAGCACUAUGAAGAGGCUACUGAGUUGAAGUCCAAGUAUAUGCUGCAAUGUCCCUGGAAAUGUGGCGCUAAGUUUUGCUCUAACGAAGGUCUUCAGAUUCAUGUCGAGUGUCACAUGGAAAAAAAUGUCGGAGAUGGCUUCAUGUGCUCUGUAUGCAAACAGGAAUUUCCAAGAUGGCCACCAUGCAGGAUUCAUUUGUACAAACAGCACAAUAUAGAUGCGGACAUGCAGACUUGUGAUGUCUGUCAGUUCAAGACUGAUUGUAUUGGCAAAUUGUUGACCCAUAAGGAAAUUCACAGUGAGACUCGACCAUACAAGUGUUCAGUUUGCGAUAAAGGUUUCAAGCAGCUGGCACAAAUGAAGAACCAUGAGGUGUUUCACAGACAGAAGCCAGAUUAUAUUGAAGAUGAAAAGAAAGACAAGAAGUGGUACGAUAACAGGAAGUGUAACAUAUGUAAUACAAUAUUUGCCAACUAUAAAACACUAAAGAUUCACAUUGAAAUCGUCCAUGAGAAGUUAAAGCCCUACCAGUGUCCAUAUUGUGAGCACCAGUCCUCCCGUAAAGCCAUGUUGGAUCUCCAUGUAAGGGGACAUACUGGAGAGAAACCAUACAAAUGUGAGUUUUGUGAAUAUGCUACAGGGGAUCACAACUGUUUGAGGCGUCACAAGAUGCGUCACACGGGAGAGAAACCAUACAAAUGUGCCUACUGUCCCUACACUUGUAUUCAAGCCAUCUCUUUGAAGACCCACAUGCAGAACAAGCAUAACAACGAGGGUCCUGGCGUGUUUGCCUGCGACCUCUGUAGCUAUCGUACUGUUAACGCAAACUCUUGGGAACGUCAUAAAAAUGACCACAAAUGUGGCUUAAUUGAGACUGUAAGUGUCCAUGGCAACCAGAAUCAGCAGGAACAACAGAGCCAGCAGCCAAGGCCUGCUAUAAGUCUCGAGACUGCUGAGGAUGUCGAGAAGGCUCAACAAGAGGGUCAGCUGAUUCAGGUUGAGGUCACCGCAGCUACAGAUGAUAACCAACAAGUCCAGCUUAUUCAGCCAAUAGACCAGGUGGACGCAGCUGCCAUUGCAGGUCUACAACAAGCGGAAGCUGCACCUUAUGCUCAGGUUGAUAUCAAUGCUGCUCAAUUGAUCUAUUCGGCAUUGAACCAUCUCUCUCAAAGUACAGACGUUAAAGCUAAAACUGAGAAUGAAAAUGAGCCAACGAUGGUUACUAUACAGUUCGCAGAAGGUCACACUAUGGAGGCCCCUUCUAGGAUCUUAAGUUCAUUGGAUAUGAGUGGAGAGAGAGUGUAUUUAGUUGCUGAUGAUUCCCAUAAUAAUGAGGUGAAUCUCAGUGCACAGCCUUCAACUGUCAAUGCACAAGAUGUAGGGAUUGAUGUACAGACAUCGACAAUCAAUGCACAAGAUGUAGGAAUCAAUGUACAUACAUCAACAAUUAAUGCACAAGAUGUAGGAAUUAAUGCACAAGAUGUAGACAUUGAUGUACAAACAUCAACUAUCAAUGCACAGGAUGUGGGGAUCAAUGUACAAGAUGUUGCGGUUAAUAUUCAGAACUCUAAUAUUAAUUUUGAGACAGAGAAUAAAAGUGAACAUUUGAGAACUCUUGUAACUCAAGCUGGGAGCAUCACUGCUAAACAUGAACAAGUUGUAGAAAUAUUAGACAAAGUUCAAUGAAUGGAAUUAUGUCACCACCAAGAAGU